AUGGGCGGCCAACAAUCAAAGGCGUCUGCGUUUCGAGCGCAUGACAAGGCCAUGGUCGAUCGUCUGCGCAAGAUGAAUCUCCAAGAGAACAGGAACUCUGACGAGGUGAAUGAGAAGAGCGGCAAGUUGACCCGUGAUGCAGAGCCUCUGCCGUUGGAUGCGGUGUCUUUGUUGCCUUCGACGAUUUUGGACGACCCCCGAAACAGGCUUGCUCUCUCGGCUCUGAGCUCGGCAAACCCGCGGACGGUUCUGACCUCGCAGGCUUCCAAGAUUGCUAAUCAGCACGUUUUCAAUACCAAGAUUCCCUUUGAGGGCGGGCCUAUUACGAACCAGCGCUCGAGUGGUCGAUGCUGGCUGUUUGCUUCUACUAAUGUGUUCCGCGUGGCUAUCAUGAAGAGGUACAACCUCGAGUCGUUUGAGUUGUCCCAGAACUACCUUUACUACUAUGAUAAGCUCGAGAAGUCCAACUGGUUCCUCGAGCAAAUCAUUGACACCUCCGGAGAGGACUUGGAGGGUCGUGUCGUCCAGAGGCUUCUGAGUGAUCUCAUUUCCGACGGUGGCCAGUGGGACAUGGUGUACAACUUGGUUGAGAAGUACGGUCUUGUUCCUCAAACAUUGUACCCGGACAGUUGGAACGCCCAAAACUCCAGCAUUCUCAACACCGUCCUCAAGACCAAACUCCGCGAAUAUGCCCUGAACUUGCGCAACGCCAUUGCUGCCGGCCAGGCACCGGGCGUCAUUUCUGCCAUGAAAGUCAUCUACAUGCAGGACGACAACAAGGUCCACUCCCUAACCAUCACUCCCAAGGACUUUGCCAAGAACAUCAGCAGCUCAAACUUCCAGAUCAGCUCUACCACCAUCUCGGACAUGGUCUCGCUCGUCAACGACCCUCGCAACGACCUCAUGACCCUCCUCACCGUCGACAGGCUGGGCAACGUCGUCGGUGGCCGCGACGUCACCUACAUCAACGUCGACAUGAAGACCCUCAAGGAAGCCUGCGUGAAGAUGAUCAAGGCCGGGAUACCGGUCUUCUUUGGCUGCGACGUGGGUAAAUUUAGCGACAAGACCUCCGGGAUCAUGGACCUUCAUGUCUUUGACUACGAAGUUGGCAUUGGCACGGAUCUACUGGGCAUGACCAAGGAGCAGAGAUUGCGGGCGGGUGAGAGUCUGAUGACGCAUGCCAUGGUUUUGACGGCCGUGCAUUUGGACGACAAGACGGCGCAACCUGUGCGGUGGAGAGUGCAGAAUAGUUGGGGUACGGAGAAUGCAGGUGAUAAAGGGUGGUUCGUCAUGACGGAUGAGUGGAUGGACGAGUUUGUCUAUCAGGCCGUCGUUGAUCCUAAGUUUUUGAGCAAGGAAGCCAGAGACGUAGCUGGGCAGGAGCCGACGGUCUUGCCAUUGUGGGAUCCUAUGGGUUCUUUGGCUUGA